AUGCCAGGAACAGCUCAACUAAAAGGAGAAAAUAUAAAUAUCGCUUGGUCGCCGGAUGCGCGCACAAUUGCUGUCGGCAACAAAGCAGACUUGGUACGUUGAUGAUUUUGCGUCAGCGUUAUUCACGACACUUAGUUGACGACGACUUUACUCAUCUAAGACGGAGUUAUUCCUGAUUGUACAUGUAUUGCAGGUUCUAGAGAGUUGUAGACAUCGAAUGCCUAUGGUUAUAUUCGUGUUAAUUGAACUUCGCAAGGUUCUCCAGUCUUUAUUUCCCUUUUCUUUGCAACUUUUUCACAUUGUGACAAAAGUGUUGAUCCUGUGGUCAAGCCUCCAAAGACAUGUUGUCCUUAUCCGUAACCAUAUCAGACCUUUGUACUAAGCCACGUCAAGUAGUUUAACUUAUGACAGUUAUUCAUUUGGAUCACUUCGUAUUUUCCACUCUCUUUAUUAACACUCCAAGUAGUGCACGUUUGAGGGCUUUUAACCAAUUCUUUAUUUUCCCAGAUUACAUGGCUCGAUGUUCGUUCUGGACUGUCACAAAUCCAGUCAGAACAAUUUAAUUUUGAAAUCAAUGAGUUCGCGUGGAAGCCGUCCGGAGAUGUUUUCUUGUUGGCUACAGGCCUGGACAGCAUCUUGGUUUACAGGUACUGCCUUUUUACCCGUUCUAGAAAAAAAACCAGGAGUUAUUUAUCACUCCUACUCGAUUAUGCAGUUAACUUGACGUGGUUUAAAAAGCCGUGAAAGCAGUUCUUUUGUCUGGCUGGCGUUCAGUGAUUGCAACGACAGGCGAUCGAUAACCCUGCAAAAGGCGGGUAAAUCCUGACAAAUUAUAAGGUGGCUGCUGGAACACAAAGUACUAUGGCUUGGUCGUAUAAGUUUCAUCGUCCGCGCUGCAAUAAGGAUAAAACGACUGUUAGAAUUUUUAUUUACCAACAGUCCUCAUUUUUCCCUGCAUAUAUCUACUUGAUGCUGUGAGAAUUAAUUGGAACAUUUUCUCACUGUGACACUACCAAACUUGCAUGACUACCGAACUGUGGAUGAUGACUCUGUCUUUAAAUCUACUUUUCAAUUGGGAAAGAGGGCCGGUCGCCCUCAGUACCAUGACAUGUCUGUUUAUUUUCAUAUGCUGUUAGAGUGUUCGCGACCAAGGGGAGAAAAAGACCAAGCCGAGGCUCGAUCUGGCUGUUUUAGUUCACUUAUGAUCUUUGACAGUCGACAGCACCGUGUUUUAUAUCUUUUUUCGACAUCCUUGCACAAUCUUACGGAUACGCUGGCAGCUGUGCAUUACCUCUCGUGUUCUAUGCCGUCUUCUGCAAUACUAGUUCGUGCCCAGUUGAUGGUUCAAUGCCGUCCGACCGUCCGACCGACAUUGGCUUUCCUGGCUUCGAAUUACGACGUACACAUUGCCUGUUUUUCGGGUGAAACAGGUCUCCAGUCAUUUAGUUUACCCGUCAACACAGCAAUCAAUUUGAUCGUUGUCGUAAACAGCAGUGAAGUACUCAUUAUUUAAGAGGGUUUAUUAAUGAAAAUGAGUGUUUUUGCCCGGUGUCCCAAACUCCUUCUGAUUUCGGGACGUUUAUACUUACGUCGUGCAGUUUCCAUGUUCUCAGCGUACUAACCCUCGAAUUUAUGUUGCCGUCGCAUAUGCGUCCCAACAGUCAUUGAUUUAACGUUUGUUUUAUACUCAAGAUCUGACGGAUCUUUAUUUUGGCGGACAUUGCAAAGAUACGCUUCCUGCGACUCCGUUCACAAAUUGGGGUGUCCGCAGCCUUCUUAGCCUUUAAGAUUUUCGAGGACAGCUGAAGUGACAGUUGUAGAGCUUCCUGGCGCAUUGACAAGCAACAUUGCAUUCCCUCCACUUUGUGCAGCAUGGAUUGUUUCGACUUCUCAGGUUACGUUGACACUCUUUGGCAAUGACUGUAAGCUCUUGCCUUUGAAACCGGAUAAGUUAUCGAGGUCUCUAUUAACUGCCUCUUUACAGCUUGAAGGCAUACAGUUGAGAGUGUUUCGAAAGUGUUCGAUCCAAGUUUUUUUCUCAAUGAUCUAUCAAACAACCGCUGAAUGUGUUGUUGUAGACUUCUUUUAUGGCCCCGAUGAAGUUCGCCGCUUCACUCCAGUCAGCGUCUUUUGGAUUUCUUUGAGUUUUUGAUGCGUCUAGAGGUUUAGGAUGUUUCUCAUUCCCUAUCUUCUCUAUCGCCAACGCCUGGCGAACUUGGCUUUGCUCAUUUUUUAUGUGAAUGUCGCUAGUCAGGCGGGUUUUAAAUCUUGUCCGUGUAGGACCGUUCCUCGUGUCGCCAAAUGGGCCUAAAAAUUUCCAGACGUAAUCAAAGUCGCGAAAGGCAUUGCACUUUUAGUAUUUCACACUGGCUUAGCUGGGAAGCACUACACUUUCCGGAUUCUGCUUAGCUGAUUUAUAUACUGCCUUCCUGCAAAACCGUCUUCUUGUUUGAACUUUCAGUUUUAUCAAAUAAAGAGGGGGUGUUUCGCUGGGUCGCAGAUCGCUUUCGUAGCGGACACACCACAUAUGUUUGCUCUUCCUAGCGUGAUUGACCUGUUCACAUUCGGUGCAGAGUCGUGAAUGAGUAAAUGCGCCCUCGGAGCUUGCCCUUUAUGUCCUUGAUUGCCGAGGGUUGGCCAAUCAGAGAGUCAGCUUCCGCAUGUCCCUCCUCAUGGCGAUGCAGAAGUAUCCGGACUUUCGCUUCUUCCCCGAGACUUCUGGUGACUGUGGUCUUUCCUUUUGAUGGAUCGCCUGUCUUGUGCUUUGUGUACGCUGUUUCAUUGUAAGCACCCCGUUUCUCGGCUUCUGAUGGGACGUGACAGGACGAGAACAGUAGCUGGUAGUGUCCACUGUACUCUACGGUAGUGUCCACUGUACUCUACGACCUCUGGCGGGUCCUACCAACCCAUGCACCCUGAAUAUUAUUUAGGUGUCUGCCUGAAUCUCAGACGGAGCUCUCAGCUGCCGCUGUUAGACCCCCUGUUUUUUUCAUAAUUUCAAUACUCACCUGGUAUUUUCUGCAUAUUCCUCUUUUCUGCUUAAUAAAUUCUUACAAAUCCUUCCAGUGGAAAGCCUGGUGAAAUGCGACGAGAGAUGAGUAUUCAGGCUCAUCCAGUCAAUGCUAUGUGUCUUCAGUUCUCUCCCUCUGGAAGUUACUUCGCCGUUGGCAGUGCAGACGCCCUCGUCUCCAUUUGGGAUGCUGACGAGUUCGUUUGCUUAAGAACCUUGGCUAGGUGAGUUAAGAUGCGUAUGUCGUAUCUUUUCUCCUUUUAUUUGCAGUUAUCAAACACCCUUGGGUCACGGUUUUUUACUUCUACCACUCCACUUAGCACGCACCUAUAAUAACCUACCUAAUUUAGUGUCCUGGGUAGGCGGGAUCACCGAGAAAGAACAUUCCGCCCGAUCCCAUUUUCAAUCGUCACAGCUCAGGCGCAGCGCCUUCGGACCGGCAGCCGCACAGGCAGCCAGGACCAGCCAACGGAAAACGCUGGCUUAUGUGCCGGCUAGAUUCGUUCAGUAACACACAGUUUGCCCGGGAAUGCUUUAGAACUGUAGGGAUUUCCUUGAUUUCUUAGGGUUGUCUCAGUAUUUGAUAAGGUACGGUCAGAAAAUGAUGGUUCCAGCCCUCACUCUGCAUCCCAUUUGCGCUUUCUCGUCUUUCCUUCUAGGCUGGAGUGGCCAGUGCGUGCCCUAGGAUUCUCGCAUGACAGUCAACUCAUUGCUUCCGCCAGCGAGGAUCACUUCAUCGAUAUUGGAUGCGUAGAGACCGGUAUUUCUCUUUCUGUGAACUUAUUGCCGUUUGCUUUUCCUAACGGAAAUAUUUUGCAACUUCGCUGAUUAGCAGACAGUCAGUAAGCCACAACUGAACUGGUUCGCAUCCACAAGCCCAGUGAAGAUUGAAAUAUGUGGAAACAUUCACAGCCACGUUCCUACCAGCUCCAACCCCAGAUGCCCAGGCUUGUGGGCUUCUCAUGUUUUCUGCACAACUCAGUCCUCCCAAGACGGAGAAUCAGGCUGUAAUGGAAUUUUUGAUAUAGCCUUUGUGGCAGUCCCACGAACGUGAAAUUUGAGUCGCCCCUUCCUAUUUCUGUCCAUUGCGUCUUGUCUUGCACCGCGUGCAAGCCACCGGCCAUGCUGUGGGGUAGGAAUCUGUAAACUGGUCCUGCAUUUAUCUUUCUGUGGGGCAAACGGUGGAUAUCGUCGUUUGAGACGACCGAACUGGGUUAUCUGGGAUCAGGUAGUCCUCGUAAGUUAUGUGAUUUUACCCCGAAAUCGUCUAAUCUACACAGCCGAAAAUGAUUGGGGUAGUUGUCCAACCUUCUGGCUUUUUGCAGUUGAUUAACGUGUCUCCGCGAGCCUGUCUUAUUGGACUAGUGGGCUGAGAGUCCUGUUUUAUUCAUCAUUGUUGGUCGCCUAGAGGCCAAAUACUGAGUCGUUUCUCCAGUAGGUAGCGCAUUUCGUGAAACAUUAAUCAAGGUUCUAAAAUGUGGUUUCGGUUAGAGGGACUUACUUAUCCGCGGGUCGUGGUAUUGAUUGGAAUAAAGCAUAAUCCUAAGAUGUUUCAACUACGCCAGGGCAUCGGCUUUUGAAUGCGUUGAAAUUUCGAUGUCCUGAUAAAUCGGGGCAUAUUUUAUAGAAGCAUGCACAAAAAUAUCCUUCCUUCGACUCAAGGUAAAGAUGCAUGCCAGACCAUGGAACGUAUUUGUCAGGUUAUUAUUGUGAGACCCAUUUGUAAAGAGCCGGGCGGCCACGGUGGGAUUCGAACCCACGACAACGAGGGGAAGGCCUUAGUACAGCCAACGCUCUAACUACUUGAGCUACGAGGCCCCGCCGGACGACGCGAGUUUAAUCACAGCUGGGUCAGGUUACCCGCCCAGCCUACUGCAACGUCUGGAAUCCACCAAAUCUGAUACAGUAAGUUGACUGCCCAAGCAGGAUUUCCUAAAUCAUUCACCUAGAAUCCGCCAGAUAACAACCAGGCUCACGUAAUUCAUAGAUUCUUUGGCAGAUUUUGAAUAAUUCAUAUUGACCCAACCGUGAAAAAUUGCGUGGGUUCGAAUCCCACCGAGGCGCCGAGUUUUUCACAGUUGGGUCAAUAUGAAUUAUUCAAAAUCUGCCAAAACAUCUAUGGAUGUUUUUGUGUUUGCUUUCCACAAAAUAUGCUGGGAUUUAUCAGGACAUACAAGAUCGUUGAAGAAGGUGCAUACCACAUGGCAGUCAUUUUUUACAGUGUGAUGCUUGCAUACGGGCGAAAAGAAGCGUGUUCAAAAGCCGGUACGCUGGUGCUACUGAAAUAUUUUCGGAUUAUGUUGCACGAUGCUCAAUAUUACAAUCUCACGUAAGUAGCCCUUUUUAGUCGGUUAGUGUUUCACCGAGGAUUUGUACCCACAGACAUCAGCCUUCGGGCCUCUUCUCCAUACUGAUUUUGCCCGAAUAAUAAGGUUUCUCCAAAUCACAGGAAGUCGAUACCUGCCUUUCAUCGUCCCCGUGGCACACGGAAUGUCCGUCUUGUGCUCUUGUUUUAUUUGCUACUAACUGUUUAUCAGUAACCAGACUUUGCUCGGAUCACGCUUUCCUUGUUUCUGCAUCGUUACUCGUCGACUCUCGUCGUUCUUUGUUCAUUGCUCUCUGUUGUCGCUCGCUUUUAAACCGACCACCACGCGCCGGUGUCAUUCACGCGACUGCUCGUGCCACAGAACCACAAAGAAUAUCAGAGUUACUCUGACUAUCUUCUGACAUAGCCUUUAACCUCGUGUGUGUCUAUUUUGGCGAAUAAACUAGCACUGGAUCGAGAAAAUCCAAAAAAAAUGUUAAUACCCCCCACCGAUAAGGACAGUGUACUUUUGUGGUUUCGUUGAGCCCUGUCGUUAGGUGAAGAACCGGGCUGUCCGGAGCAAGUAUGACUUUUUCUUCCUCCCCUCUCUUGCCAUGUACAGGUGAACAGGUCUACCGACUGGGCACACAGUCUGCAGCCACAUUCGUGCUGGCCUGGCACCCGCGUUGCCACCUGCUCACCUACUCUAGUGAGGCCAAGUACGAACGCGAUCAGGGCAUCAUCCGCCUCUUUGGACUGCCCCUGUCAUCCGAUGGCGGGGAUCGGAAGCCGGCACUAAUUAGCGAACACCCUGCCUGA